CACUCAACACGCGAGUCCUGACACGAGGUGGCCAUGGGGAAUGUCAUCGGGAUCAGUCCCAGCGACAACCAGGAAGCCCAUCGAGCGGCGUUGAUCGAUGAGAUCGUUCCGUUCGACAACCUUAGCAUCCACGAAGUCGAAGUGUUCUGGCGAAACUUCUUCGAUCACGCGUCGGGGUUUGCCAUGUCCAAGCCAGAGUUCACCACCAUGUGCAUUAGCGUCGCCUGCCAGCUCAACAAAUCGCCCAACCAAAUGGCGCAUGAUGCUGGGGUUCUAUUCGAUGAGCUGACUCGGGAAUCUGACGCCAAGCUGCUGGACGCGCUCGAGUUCCUCGCGAGUAUUGUGUUCAUCUGCACUGCGCCACUGGACGACAAGAUUGACCUCGUGUACGACAGCUGGGAUAUGUCUGAAGACAAUGGCUUGCAAAUCGACGAAGUGGUCAUUUCGUUGAAAUCCACAUUGCUCGGGCUCGCGAAAAUUAUUGUCAUCGACGACAAGCACAAGACCAUGGACAUGCUGGAUGACGAGCCCAUCAAACGACUGGCCGAGAUGGCCUUCCGAGACAUGCUGCAUGUAUCCCCGUCGACCCCCAUCUGCAGCGACGACACCAUUUCAUGCGACGUCUUUCACGCGUACUGUCUCUCCAAUGCCGACGUAAAGGACCUAUUUGUGUGGUUUGAUGCUGUCGAACAAGACAGCAAGCACAAUGGCCUUGAUCCGUUUGACAUUCCCAACCGGUCGCUCAAACAAGUGCUGCAGAUGGACCCGGACUCCGCCGUCGAGAAGGACUUGACGCGGCUGACAACAGCCGACCACGGCGACGAAUUCUUGGCUGUCAAGCCGUGGGAAGGCGCAAUUGUCGCACCCUCCAAAGUACCGCCGUUAGACGCGAGUGCGCCCGUACUAAGUCUGUCGCUGCACUGGAUAUACGGCUACCACGCCCAAGACGCCUACGCCCGCAACAAUGUGCGGUACUCCAACGCUGGGGAGAUUGUGUACACAGCAGCUAGUGUCGGCGUCGUCCUGAACGCCGGUGCGAAGACCCAGCGACACCUCCUGGCUCACACAGACGACGUCUUAAGCAUCGCGAUGCAUCCGUCCAAGGGCAUUGCUGCCACGGGCGAGACGGGCAAAACGCCCAAGUUGAUUGUGUGGGACAUAGCCGCGGUCAAGCCCUUGGUGACGCUGCGGGGGUACCACUCGCGUGGGAUCAUCCAGCUGGCAUUUUCGACGAUCGGCAACGAACUGGCGUCCGUGGGGGCGGACGACAACCACAGCAUUGGCGUGUACACGACUCGAGAUAUGUGGCACACGGCUGAGCUCACGUGGUUUGCCAAGGGCAACAAGGCAGUUCCCUUGCACGUGGUGUGGCACCCCACCGACGCCAUGCACUUUUGCAUCCUCGGGGUCAAGUACAUUGAAUUUUGGGAAAAAGAAAAGUGCAAUAAGGGAAUCUUUGGUAAAAAGGGCAAACUGCAGCCGUUGCUCUGUGGCGCCUGGGUCACCCUUGGCACCGACAUGACCCUUGUCGUUGGAACGAGCGACGGGGCGCUGUACUUGUUUCAACGCCCCGACCUCCGCUCGAUCGUCGAGAACGCGCAUGCUGCGGCUGUACAAACCAUGUACGCGCAAGACAAGACACUGAUCACGGGCGGCAAGGAGGGCCUUGUCAAGCUAUGGGUGGCGGAAAAGACGGGGCUUACCUGCCUAAGCACGUUCGACUGCAACGUGUUGCUGCACACAACCGGCGUGGUGGUCCAAAGCGUUUGUCUGUCGUCCGACGGGUCGAUGGUUCUGCUCGGCACCCAGUCGUCGGAAAUAUACGAGCUGAACGUCAAGGGAAACACAAUGUCGGCGGCGCUCAUGUGCGGACACUCGGUGGACGAAUUGUGGGGCCUGGCAACUCACCCGACAAAGCAAGAGGCGGCGACGGUCGGGGACGACCGGUGGUUGCGCGUAUGGGACCUCGUCACCAGGACUGUCCUGCGCAGCGUCCGGCUCGAGUGCAUGGCGCGCGCGGUGGCAUACUCACCGGACGGGAAGCUCCUCGCCGUGGGGCUUGGGGGCCAAGUGCCCGGCAAGGACAAAGCCAACAAGCACCCCAAGUGCGGCGGCGUGGUCGUGCUCGUCGAGUCGGACUUGUCCAAGGUGUACGAGCGCAACGACACCAAAAAGUGGAUUGCUGACGUCAAAUUCAGCCCCACUGGCCGCACGCUCGCGAUCGCCAGCCACGACUCGAGCGUUGUCUUGUACGACCUGACCAAGCAAUGCGCCAAGAAACACGCGUUCAAAAAGCACAGCAGCUUCGUGUCGCACGUGGAUUUCUCUGCCGAUGGGUCCUUCCUGCAGAGCAUUUCUGGGGCGUACGAACUGCUGUACUGCGACGUCAAAUCUGGCAAACAAGUGACCAGCGCGUCGGCGUUCAAGGACGAGCAGUGGGCCACGUGGACGUGCAUCUUGGGGUGGCCAGUACAGGGCAUGUGGCAGCCAGAGGCCGACGGGUCCGACAUUAACGCCGUCGACCGGUCGCACUCGGGGUCGUUGCUCGCCACCGCCGACGACUUUGGCAAGGUCAAGGUGUUUCGGUACCCGUGUGUGCACAAACACGCUGGGUUUGUGGAUUUCCUCGGCCACUCGUCGCAUGUGACCAACGUCCGGUGGUCUGCCGGUGACCGGUUUCUCCUGUCCACGGGUGGACAAGACCGGUGUUUGUUUCAGUGGCGACACGACUCGGCCGUCAAGCAGCCCACGUCUCCUCUCCAACACUCGUCAAACACCACCAACCACCACCACGUGUCACAUGAACUGUCCACUGAUGACGACGACGACGUGGAAUUCCAAGUCGCCGGGGAUGAAUUCAUGGCUGUUAAGCCGUGGGUUGGCGCCAUCGUCCCGCCAUCCGUCUUGCCCAUGGUAGACAACGCCCAACCUCCUGCCACGACCUUGGCGUUGCAACACGUCCACGGGUAUCAAGGCCAGAACGCACUCAACAAUGUGCGGUACAUGGAAGCGAAUCGGAUAGUGUAUCAUGCCGCAGCGCUGGGGAUCGUGUUUGACGCUAGCAACAACUCGCAACAGUUUUUCCAAGAGCACGACGAUGACAUUGUCGGGCUCGCUUUGCAUCCAAAUCGAAAGACGGUGGCCACAGGACAAAUGGGCAAAGUGCCCAAGAUCCACGUGUGGGAGCUCGGGUCGAGGGGGAAAUACGUGAGCUUGGCGUGCCUCCAAGGUUUCCACAAGCGCGCAGUUCCUGUCCUUAGCUUUUCCACGGACGGCACGACGUUGGCGUCGAUGGGAAACGACGAUGACCACAGCAUUGCCAUUUACAAAUGGAAGGAAGGCGUGCUGGUAGCGUCCUCCAAGGGCGUUCGAAACACGUUGAUGCAUUUGACCCAUUAUGCCGCGACGAAUGAAUGGAUCUCGUUGGGGGACAAGACCAUUACAUUUUGGGCCGAACAAGGUCGGAACCUCAAUGGGAAGAAGGCCAUUUUGGGUAAAAAUACUCCGACCCAGGUAUUUUACUGCGCGAUUGCCGUGCCCACAACUGGCAAACCGUCGUCCAAGCUGAUUGUGGGGGCCCACGACGGGUCGCUGUACGUUCUGGACGACAAAAACGUGUCCAGAGUGCUCAAAGCUCACACCGGCCCAGCGUACGCCCUGUUUGCCUCUCCCACCAAGGCCGAAUGGAUCAGUGGCGGAAAAGACGGCAAAGUGAUCGUAUGGGAUGCCAAUCUAAGUGCAUUGCACAGCUUUGACAUUGCCAUCCCGUUGACCAAACUGUUCAACUUAUUACCCCCGGACGCGUCCAAGAAAGGAGGCGCUGCCACGUCAUCGUCGUUGUUUGGCGUGCGCAGCGUGUGCUUCAACUCGGAGCACACGCGGAUUCUGCUGGGAACGUCUGGCAGCGAUGUCGUGCAAUUCGAUCGCAUGGGAACCAAAGCCACCGUUGUCACGCAGGGCCAUUGCCAGGACGAGCUAUGGGGGCUGGCAGUGCACCCUGCCAAGCCCGAGUAUUGCACCGUGGGCGACGACAAGACGCUUCGGGUGUGGAGCACGGAGCAUCGGCUUCAGCUGCGGGUCAAAUCGUUGGAAUGUGUCGCCCGGGCGUGUGCGUAUUCGAACGCUGCGCCGUUUUGCAUCGCGGUGGGAUUCGGUGGUCGCAUCGGCAAGAGGAAGAAGCAUGUGAAGGAGGGGGGCGUGGUGGUAUUUUCAGCGGAUUCGCUGGAGAUUGUGUUUGAAGACAAGCCGUCCAAGGAGUGGAUCUCUGAGAUAAAGUUUUCCCCCAACAAUGCGACGCUGGCAGUGGGCAGCCACGACAAUGCCAUCUACUUGUACGCCAUCCGCGACAAUCGCUUCACCAAAGUGACCAAAGUAUUUCGAGGCCACAACAGCUAUAUCACACACUUGGACUUUUCCACCGACGGCAAGUACCUCCAGAGCAACUGCGGCGCGUACGAGCUCCUGUUUUCCGACGCCAAUACCGGCAAACAAGUCACGUCUGCGCGGAGCCUUCGCGACGUGCAGUGGCACACGUGGACGUGUGCGUUGGGUUGGCCGGUCCAGGGUAUCUGGCCCGCGUGCGCCGACGGCACAGACAUCAACGCCGUCCACCGGUGUCAUUCGGGGGAGUUGGUGGCUACGGGGGACGACUUUGGCCAGGUCAAGCUGUUCCGGUACCCCGCCGUCGCCAAACACAGUGUCUCAUAUUCGUACGCUGGGCACUCGUCUCAUGUGACAAACGUCCGGUGGCUCGGAAAUGAUACACACGUGAUCACCACUGGCGGACUGGAUCGAACGAUCAUGCAGUGGAAACAUGUUCAGGUCGAGGGUCAGGCAGAUGACAAUAGGAACGACAAAACUCCAUUGGUCUCCCCGUCCAAACCAGUAUUAGCGACUCGAGACGAGGACCCUGACGAGGACGACGACGAUGGCAAGCCAUCGACCUAUCAUCAUGCUGGGACCAAGAAGGACACUUUAGAAACUGUCAUGUUUGGCGCGGACGCGGGGGAUGAGUUUAUGGCAGUCAAGCCGUGGAUAGGGGCGAUCGCAGCGCCGAGUAACCCGCCCAAAGAGAACCCCCGCGAACCAGAGCUCACCAUGCGACUGGAAUGGGUGUUUGGCUACCAAACGGAACUGUCCCGCAACAACUUGCGAUACAACGCCGACGGUCAGAUUGUGUACCAUGCAGCGGCCGUGGGCAUUGUAUAUGACCGAGACACCAACACCCAAAAGCAUCAUGUAGGCCACUCGGAUGACAUUUUGUGCAUGGCCAUGUCUCCGUCGGGGCGGUUUGUAGCAACGGGGGAGCGCGGGAAGAAACCAUCGAUUCGCGUGUGGGAUGCCAAGUCUGGCGCGACGUUGUGCGUGCUCACGGGGUUCCAUGCCCGAGGGGUAGUGAGUGUGACGUUCAGCCACGACGAAAAGACCAUCGCGAGCGUUGGCGACGACGACGACCACAGCUUGGCGAUAUGGGAAGACAAGGGCGGGGCGUGGAGCAAUGGGCGGCUCGUGACAACAUCGAAAGGCGAUAAGAACGUCAACUUGUUUGCGAUUGCAUUGCCUCGGCAGGCAUUCGUCACGGGCGGCGUCAAGCACAUUCUGUUUUGGACGUUGCAGGGGAAAACCGUGUCGCAUGUGAAAGGUCAAUUUGGCAAACUUGCGACGCAGCAACCGCUGCUGUGCGCGUGCAGCUUUUACGACCAGACGACGCUCACUGGGGCCGACAACGGGGACUUGUACCAUUGGACGGGCCACACUGUGACAAAGAGCGUCAAGGCGCACGACGGGUCGCUCUCGGCGCUCUUCUCGGUGCUCCAGCCCGACAAAUCGUACACGGUCGUUUCGGGUGGAAAGGACGGCAAAGUGUGUGUGUGGAACCAGUCGCUGCAGCAAACGAGUUCGUUUUCCAUCGACGCGAGUGGGAACUUGAGCAGCGUUCGGGCGAAAACCAUCAAAAGCGUGGCGUUGGACUCGACGUUCAAGAAAAUUCUCGUGGGGACACUCAGCAGCGACGCAUUCGAGGUCGAAGUGGGCACGGGGGCGCUUCUCAAAACCGUCGCGGGGGGGCACUUUAUGGGGGAGACGUGGGGGCUGGCCGUGCACCCGUUGGACCCGACGGCGUUUGUCACUGUCGGCGAUGACAAGAUCGCCCGCAUGUACGACCGCCAAGCCAAGACGUCCGUAGUGCUGAUGGAACUGGAGGACAUGGCGCGUGCGAUUGCAUUUUCGCCCCAUGGAACGAUGCUCGCCAUUGGAUACGGGGGCGACGUGGGGCGAGGCAAGAAAAAAGGCGGUAAAGUCGGGGCCAUCGGGUUUUACGAACAUCCGUCGACGACGAUCGUGUUUGAAGACCAUCCGUCCAAAGCUGCAAUCAGUGACGUCAAGUUUAACGCGUCGGGGACGAUGGCGGCGUUCGGCUCCCACGACUCGAAGAUCUAUCUCUAUGCAAUUGACGCCGCCUCUGGAGGGAUUCACAAACACAAGGUAUUUGAUGCACACAAGAGUUCCAUCACACACGUAGACUUUUCACGCGAUGGCAAGUACUUGCAGUCCAAUUGCAGCGGGUACGAGCUGCUCUUUUGCGACACUACGACCGGCAAGCAAAUGAAGUCGGCGCGCGCGCUCAAGGACGUGGUGUGGGACACAUGGACGUGUGUCCUGGGGUGGCCAGUGCAGGGCAUUUGGCCCGAGUUUGCCGAUGGCACGGACGUAAAUGCCACGUGCGCGUCCACGUCACGCACGUUUGUGGCCACGGGCGACGACAGUUCAAACGUCAAAGUGUUUCGAUAUCCAUGCUUGACCAAAGGCGCCAAGUGGAUUGCAGGACAAGGGCACUGCUCCCAUGUGACAAACGUACGGUUCACGCAGGACGACAAGUACAUUGUGUCCACUGGGGGAAACGACCGAACGACUAUGAUGUGGCGAUUGUCCGAUUGAGUAAUUCGAAGAUAGUUUGGCGAAUAAAAUAUUAGUAUGCCUGGAGCACUUUGCCG